GGGGAGGGCGAGAGUUGUCGGUCCAUGACAUGAAUGAACCAUGUUCGGGAACGGAGGGUUAGCUCUCCCGGUUUGCUCCUUUCUCCUGCUACACCUCCCGGUUCUCCCGCUAACGAACAACUGGCCCGUUAAGGACAGAAGUGAAGGGAGGGUGGAGCAGGGUACCAUCCAUCUACAAUCACACAGCCAUGGAAGUCUGAAUGUCAAACAGACAAGCAAUAAGGAGGAGGUGUUUCAGUGGUGGGGGGAGUGGUCCAGUUGGUCCUCUUGUUCCAGGAGCUGUGGAGGAGGAGUGAGGAGUCAGGAGAGACACUGUCUCAUACAGAGGCUGUCCACCACACAGAACAUAAACAGCUCAUAUUGUGUUGGCUCUCCUAAACAGUACCAGCUCUGUCCAAACCAGCCCUGUCUCAGCCCAAGUGUUAGCUUCAAACAGCACCAGUGUUCCCAAUUUAACUCUAAAGCCUUUGGAAGAAGAUACUACCAGUGGAUACCUCUUUACCCAGCUGAUUACAUCAGCAUCUCCAAUAAGCCAUGUGACCUGCAGUGUACAACCAUCAGUGGUGAGCGACAGCUCCUCGUUCCUGCCCAUGAUGGUACAUUCUGCCGCGAUACUAAAUACCACGGAGUCUGUAUAGAGGGAAUAUGUCAGCCUGUAGGUUGUGAGGGAAAGCUGUACAGCAGUAAGACAGUGGACAGAUGUGGAGUGUGUGGAGGCAACGGGGCGUCAUGCCAGCGCAUCUCUGGGUCAUACAGGAAGGCACUCACACAGUUAGGCUACGUGUUCAUCACCAACAUCCCAGCUGGAGCUACAGACAUUCAGAUCAUAGAGAGACACAAGACUGAGAACAUCCUGGCCCUGUCAGAUGAAGCCGGUAAUUUCUUCUUCAAUGGAAACACUGUGUUUGACCAUCCUCAAAACUUCAGAGUGGCGGGAACAGUGUUUAAAUACCGACGUCCAAGCAAUGUGUUCUCUGAUGGGCUGGAAUACAUCAUCGCCCAGGGACCAACACUGCAGGGCCUCAAUGUUAUGUACUACAACUUGAAUGGGAAGCUCCCUCACAUCACCUACGAGUACACCAUCCCCCUCAAGUCUUAUGACAUCACUGCUGCAGAGGGUGUCACUUUGAGCCCUGGCCACUCCCAUCUUAACUUCACCUAUAAUGAGGUAAAUGAGGACGUCAUAGGGGAUGAAGUGAGGUUGACAAACCACAGCAGAGGGAGUGUGACAUCUCUCCAUCACUGCAACACACAGCUGGCAGCUGACGACCAAUCAAAUAUCCAGCUACAGGAAGAAGAAGAAGGGGAGGAGGUUUUGUGGGAAAUUCGGACACCCAGCCCUCCACCACCAGCGGCCGUGUUGGUCUACAGACCGGCUGAUGUCACCAGUCAUGUGUUCAGCCACAAUGAUGUGGAAGAGCAGGGACCUCCUGCACCAUCUGGAUACCGGAGUUCCUCCAAUUUGAUUGAUGAGCCGUCCGCUACUGAUGACAACACUCUAGUUCUCUCUUUCCCAGGUAGUCAAAGUAUUCAUUCUGCAGCCCUGCCUGAAGAGGCCCCCUAUCUCCUGCUGGAGGACCUACACUACAACCAGACUACCUCAAACACACACUCCUUCACAGAAUCAAACGGAUACUCUGUUAAACACACACUCACUGAUCCACAGUCACCAGCAGAAACACACAUGGAGACAGUGUCCUCCACAGACACAGACACACACACAGACACACAGUUGGAAUUACACCCAGACAUGCUCACGGUUACUGACACACACUCUGUCAUACACAUAGAAACGGAACCUGGCAGACACCCAGACACACACACUGCCAUCUUGGUGCAGCUGCAGCAGGUGUCUGCAGUUCAGGCAGCCAACACAGAGAGCAAUGACUUCGAUGUGGGUCUGGAACCAGAUAUUAGUCUGGCAGACAUGUAUCGCUGGAAGGUUUCUGCUUACGCUCCAUGCAGCUCCACCUGUACAACAGGUAUCACCACUAGCUACGCCUUGUGUGUUCGGUAUGAUGGCACUGAAGUGGAUGACAGUUACUGUGACUCUGUGACCAGGCCAGAGCCCACACACGAGUUCUGCACUGGGAAGGAAUGUCCUCCAAGGUGGGAGACCAGUGGCUGGAGUGAGUGCUCUCGAACCUGUGGUGAGGGUGUUCAGUACCGCACCGUGCGCUGCUGGAAGAUGCUGUCACCCGGUCUUGACUCCUCUGUCUACGAUUCGCUGUGUCUGUCACAUGACCUGCAUAAACCAGCCAAUAGAAAGGUCUGCCAUGGCCAGAGCUGUGGACCACAGUGGGAGGUGUCUGAGUGGUCAGAGUGCUCGGCACGUUGUGGCUCUCGGGGUGUUCGGACUCGGGAGGUUCGUUGCUCCAUGGAAAUGACUCUAUGUAACAAAUCGUCUCAGCCAAUAGAGAGUCAGGAAUGUGAGGGCCCUCCCUGCGACAGAAGAUGGACAGUUUCUGACUGGGGACCUUGCUCAGGUGUGUGUGGAGAGGGGAGGAUGGUGCGUGCAGUGACAUGUCGAUCGUCAGGUGGGAUAGUGAUGUCAGAGGAGCAGUGUGACCAAUCACUGCGCCCACUGGCCAUCUAUCCCUGUGGUGACAGAAACUGUGCCCCCCACUGGGUUGAACAGGAAUGGCAACAGUGUAAUGCUACGUGUGGCCGCGGUGUGCGGCAGCGUCAGGUGGUGUGUGCUGGGCUGGAAAGUGGUGUGUUCAAAGAGUUUCCAGACAGUAGCUGUGACCAAAGCAACAAACCAGAGACCAGCUCCUCUUGCUUCCAGAGACCUUGUUCCAAAUGGUUCACCACAUCCUGGUCCCAGUGCAGUAAGACCUGUGGGAGUGGUGUUCAGGUUCGAGAAGUCAAGUGUUACCAGGGGGAGGAGCUUGUAACCAGGGGCCACAGCUGCGACUCUGCCCUCAAGCCAGAAGCCAGACAGAGCUGUGAAAUCCAGAGCUGUCCGACAGACGCACCAGUGGCAGCCCCGGCAGAAUCAGUGGCAGUAGACGACUCCUGCCAGGACAAGCCAACAGCCAACUGUGCCCUGGUGCUAAAGGUGAAGCUGUGUUCCCAUUGGUACUACAGAAAGGCCUGCUGCCAGUCCUGUAAGGCACCAAGAUCCUGAAGUCUUCACUGUAACCUCUCACCUCGACUCCUCAGCACCAACCACUGGUACCAAAAGUCACACCACAUUCCUACCACACAAACGCCUGUUGCUAGCAACGUAUGGACAUUUACCUUGUUACUGUUAGAUUAUCACUGAUAACAGAGGUCAACCUGUGGUCACUGCCUUCUACUUGUCACUGUUAUCCUUUUACUCUUGGUCCCUCACGCCUCUUUUAAGGAAGUAGCAUCAUCACUACUAAAGAUCAAUUGAUCAUAAUUACCUCCUAGUGCAAAAAGAGACAGAUGGAUAGACAGAGCCCACUUCCUGCUUUGUGUCACUAUUUUACAACUGGACAUUUACCUAAAGCACUGACACAACGUACAAGGCUUUAGCCUACUUCCUCUGACCAUUUAGCAAGUGUGCUACUAAAUCUAUUCACUGACAACCUCCUCCCCAGACAAUGUGAAGAUUCACUGGGAUGUCUGUUCAUCUGUUCAGCUAACAGAAGAUGAAACCAGUCUUUUGAAAAAUUUCCUUCCUCCAGUGUUUGUUGCUUUUAUAUUUCCACCCUUCUCACCAUUUUUAGGACUCUUUGUCCGUCCAUUCCUAUCUCCAUCACUCAAAGUAACUCCAGUCUAUAUGUCUAAAAUCUGUCCAUUCCCUCACUUCUUCUCAAGGUGCUAUUUUUCCCUUAUAUGUAUACAAAGUACAUGAAAGACCUACGGCAACUUUGUCAUUAGUGUGGAAACAGACCAAGACAGACUAGACCAGGGGCUGGUUUACACAGAUAUCUCAGACUGCUCUGUAGUGUUGGUCCAGUCUUCAUUCUGCUCGAAGAUCAGUCUGAUGUCAGUCAGACUGUUUCACAAUAAUAAAGACUGACUCAUUUUAAGAAAAACACCUCACCCCCAGGCUAACUAGGCCUAAAACCAAUGUUACCAUGGACUGCACUGUCCAGUAGCAUUCAACAACAAAAAACAGGAAAACAUGGCUUGUAAUUUUUGCUAAUAUUGUUAUGGAGAGAGCAAAGAGAAGGGAAAUAGUUUUUAGAGACCAAAUCAGUUGUUUUUUUUCAUUGUUUUGCUCUUCAUGUAAAACGUCCUUGUAACAGUUGAAUUCUUCCAGUAGACAAACAUGUUCUGCCGGGUAAAUGUGGCUGAUGGGUUGAAUGAGGUUCUUCAGUCGGCCAAUUUUUUUAUAUUGAAAAAUAAUGUCUUAAAUGGUCAAGAACUAAACUGCUUUGUGCAACGGAUGAAUUUAGACUCAGUUAAAAUCUGUCUUUAUGAAACCAGCCCCAGCGAAAUAGUGUGGCCUACCCCCUCAGCCUCGGUCCAGUCCUGUUUUUCAUACGUCCAGUAGGUGCACACAAAUAGAUAGAUAGAUAGAUAGAUAGAUAGAUAGAUAGAUAGAUAGAUAGAUAGAUAGAUAGAUAGAUAGAUAGAUAGAUAGAUUCUUUAUUUAUCCCCUAGGGGAAAUUCAUGUAGCAGUGAACCUGGAUGUAGCAUCUAAACUACUACGACAUCCAGACGGGCACCAGUCAAUGGCAACUGGACUAAACACAACAGUAGCUGACAGAAGUCAUUUAAUACUUUUGUUUUUAAAUGCAUUCAAAGAAUAUCUCUGAAAGUCUAACAGCAGUAAUGGUUAUGUUAACAUAGACCAACAGUAGCUGGGUCACAGAUGCUAACACUGACAACAAACAAAGGCUGAAACAGAGAACGUGCACAGGGGUCAUUCACAGACAAACAUGGCAUUUUCUUUUUCUGUUUUUUUUUCUGCCUGUGUGUUGUACUUGUAUAAUGUUUACGUUGUUGAGGUUUGGGAGAUGUGGUUCCUCUGUAACAACCUGUGGUUUCCCAUACCACACAUCACUGCCCAGGUUCACAAACAUGUAUGUGUAUCUCUGUAGAGGCACAAGUCUGGCUGCAGUCCAACAAACAUUAAUAACUUAACUCCACUUUUACAUAAAAGGUUGAAGUUGCUUGUUUAUUGUUUUACUCAGACUCACAUGAGAAGAUCAACAUCAGUUUCACCACUGCGUGUCUGGAGUAGAGAGAUCCAGGAUAUUUUUAGCCUAGCUUAGCACAAAGACUGGAGAUAGUGGGAAACUGCUAGCAUAGCAACAUCUGUCAAAAAUGAAGCAAAUCUUCAAAAAACCUAUUUACACAUUUAACGUGUUUGACACAUGUAGAAACAGAAGUAAUUAUAGAUCAGGGCUGCUGAGGACCUGGACUUGUGCAGCAUCUCAAAAGUCUCGUUCUCAUCAUUUACAGUAACAGGAGCAAAACCCAGAUGGCUCUGUAUGUAUGUGUCUUUGAUGAUCAUCUUCUAUCUUUAAUGAGCUUUCAGACAGUAUCAGGCUACAAAGAUAAAUCUGAUGUUUAUCUUCCCAUAUUUCUCUGGGAAAAACAGCACAAUAUGACACACAUUUUCUUAAGAGCAAUUGAAAUAAUUUGAAAAGUUGAUGCAUCUGCAGGUGCAUGAACUUCUCAGAACCUGUUAUACUCCUGUAGAUACUUCAGAUGUGACGGCUUAAAGUUCCUCUCCAGACAUGUUUUAAACUCUGUAAAAUCCUCUGCUAUGAUUCAUAUUUAGUUGAACUUGGUUUUCACACAUUAAACUGGGUUUGAAGCUCA